AUCUUCUCCUGCAAUUAACAUUGAAUCCCAUCCCCCAAUCCCAAUCCUGCCAAAUCCCAACUCCAAACUCCACACUCUUUAUCAUCGACACACUCUGGCGAUUUGCGAAACCUCCCUAAUUUAUUUUUCCGUUUCGACACCGCUCGCUGGCGUAAUUUACUCUUUGUCCGAUCCCCGCUAGAAGGAACGGAUGAUAGAAGAAAAAAUUAUUCAAGGCGUUGGGAAAUAAAGAAAAAAAAAUUAUACUCGUCUCCUCUUUUUAAUACGAUCCCCUCCGUUCAAUUCUUUUCCCAUGUGUUCCUGACAGUGGAAAACCAGCCACAAUCGAUAACUCAACAUCUAGAUUCACAAUGGCAAUGCUAGCUUCGAAGUCGUCUUUUCCGGCUUCGCUGGCCUCCACGAAUGCCACUUUAGUCUCUAGUGCUCAGCCGUCUAGUAUGGCUCCUACGAGACGAGCACCGGCUGUUCAUGCCGCCGGCCAGGUUUUCGCCAGCCCUACCGAGUCUGAAUUUUCCGACGUCGACGGCCCCGAUGCCGUUAAGAACUGGUCCGAGGACCAAGUAUGCGAAUAUUUGAGAAGUGUCAAGUGCGGCGAGUAUGAGAAGUUAUUUAGAAAGAAUAACGUCAAUGGCGAGAAUUUAUUAGAGAUGGACAAGGAGGUCCUCAAGGAGAUGGGCAUCGACAAGGUUGGCGAUCGGGUUCGAUUAUUCCUCGGCAUUAAGAAACUCAGGACGAAAGCGUACGCAAAUCAAAAGAGACGCAAUCGGGAUUCUUUCGGAGGCUUAGAUUCUCAAUAUACUCCCUCCUCGACUGGCUCACCUCGACCCUUUAACUCCGGUAGUCGAGGCCUCGGCUCAGCGAACAAAAGAUAUUCCCGGCAAAUUGACAUGUCAAGCCUGGCAAUGAACUCCUUGUCCGAGAUGGGAAGACCUGGUUCUCGACCUACUUCACCUUUGCCCAAUUCCGAUGCACGAGGUCUUAGACAACAGCGGUAUCAACAAGCUCAGCCGUACAUGAUCAAUACGUCUAACUCGAGCGGCCGAGGACCUGGAUCGCCUACCAUGACGGGCCGCCUGGUAAUUAAUCACACGAGAAAUGCCUCGAGUCAGGAUGGUUCGCUGAUGGCUGCUUUACCACAGGGUCAAGACGUCAUUCGCGUCAUCUCCACCGGCGGCGUUACGAAGGUAGUCAAAAUCGCGGACUGCAGCAAUUGCGAAGAGGUUAUGCGAGUAACACUACGAAAGUUUGCCUUGCGGGAGGACCAUGAUCGCAAUUAUUGUUUCUGGGUAUUAGCUGGUGUAGACCCCGAUCCUAAGCAAUCUCGGCGUCUCGGCGAUACUGAACUAUGGCGCAUCGUUAAGGAUCAGAAGCGGCCGGAGAGAAAUCGUCUAAUCCUUAGGAGGGUACCUUCUGGCGAACCUGGAGAAGCCGAACUGCAACGAGCCGCCUCUAUCGCCAUGGAAGAAGCCCAACAGUCGCAUGCACGUGCCCUCGAGAAUGUGCAAGACAAGAGAAGUCAACUGAAGGUCCAGAAGUUGCUAGGUGAGAGCUGGAAUGAAGGACUUCAGCAACCGCUGUCGCCGAUAUCUUUCCAAGAUAGGGAGAGAAAUCUUCACAAUGCCGCUCGGGAUCUGGAACGGCCCGCCUCCAAUGAAACCAAGCCACCCUUUCCGAGGCGUAAGGGACUUCUUAGGCAGUUUGGUGGAUUGAGGCCGCCUAGCGAAUUGAUUACUUCCGACCUUACAUCCUACUUCCCCGAUCACCCUCGAGAAGAUAUAGAUCGGACUGCGCGUUUAUCCAUGCGUAGAUCCACUCGCUUGAGCAAGGUGAACAGCCGACUUAGUGUUGCUAGUAACCUCAGCUUUGCAUCAAGCAUCCAAGAUGCACCACCUAUCCCAACUAUCGCGGAUUCGUGGUUAAGCGGCGGCCAACUGGCCAAGGUCAGAGCUCGUGAAAUCCAGGGCAGAAUGCCGCACGGAUUCCGCGACUCUGUUGCCUCAUCCGUCUUAGAUACCCUUCAGGAGGAGUCACCUAUCGAGCCUAACCGCAAGUCCUACGUCUCGUUUGCAGACAGCAGCUCAGAUAGCAAUCCUAUCAGCAUCACCGACCCCGAAGGACACGCCCGCCAGAGCUACUUCGACGAAACUAGUACUCAGGGCUCCGGUUCCCUGAAAGAAAUCACCCAGGCUCUAAGCGAGGAUGGUGAGGAUGCCGAUGAGGAGCUCCAGAGUUUCCUAGCUGGGGAAUCGUGGGAUGACAAUAAGUGGAUGAAGGGUGCCUUGAUCGGCCAGGGAUCGUUUGGUAGCGUGUACUUGGCCCUUCAUGCUGUAACUGGCGAGCUUCUUGCCGUCAAGCAAGUUGAGACACCCUCCCCCGGCGCAAAUAGCGCCACAGAUGCGCGAAAGAAGAGCAUGAUCGAAGCUCUCAAGCGAGAAAUCGGCCUGUUGCGAGAUCUUCGACACGCGAAUAUUGUUCAAUAUCUUGGAUGCAGUUCCACAGCGGAGCACCUGAACAUUUUCCUAGAGUACGUCCCUGGUGGCUCUGUUCAGACCAUGCUUAACUCGUAUGGUGCGCUUCCCGAGCCAUUAGUCCGCAGUUUCGUGAGGCAGAUUCUGCAGGGACUCUCGUACCUGCAUAACCGAGACAUUAUCCAUCGCGAUAUCAAGGGCGCCAAUAUCCUCGUGGACAACAAGGGCACAAUCAAGAUAUCCGAUUUUGGAAUUAGCAAGAAGCUUGAGGCUUCUAACAUUCUCAGUGGUGCCAACAACAACAAGCACAGGCCUUCACUCCAGGGUUCAGUAUUCUGGAUGGCUCCCGAAGUGGUCAAGCAGACCUCCUAUACCCGUAAGGCCGAUAUAUGGUCUCUCGGCUGCUUGGUUGUCGAAAUGAUGACCGGUACCCAUCCUUUCCCAGACUGCAGCCAGCUACAGGCCAUCUUCAAGAUCGGUGGUGGAAAAGCCGCACCUACUAUUCCGGAUAAUGCUAGCAUUGAGGCGCAGACAUUCUUGAGCCAGACUUUCGAGAUAGAUCACAAUCUACGACCAAGUGCGGACGAGCUGAUGCUGAGUCCAUUCUUGGCUCCUAUUACCUAGAUGGUAGGCGGAGAGAUUUUUUUCUUCUUUUAAGUCUGACAUUUUUUCGAUACCCCUUUACAACAACGGAGAUGGACUUGCCGGCAUCCAAACUAGGAAUAAUUUGAAUGGCGUGUGUCGUUGGGCUUUGUUUGUCACCCUCAUUCUCGAACGAAGUUGUGCUCCUGAACGACAAUCGGCUAUACGCGAUCCACGUUGAUCACUUUAUUAUAUGUGGCUACUGUUCGUAGUGUCACAAAUCUCUUUUAUAGGCAGCCAUGCUGUGGCCAUGGGAAACGUGUCAAACCUCCAGUUCCAGGGAUGAGUUUACGGAAAUUUCUAUUUGGCGGAUAGUGGCAAGAGGCUUUUGACAGUCUCUGCAUGAGUGGAAAUGGGGAUUUAUAACGAUGCAUUGGCGAGGCGAAAGGGGCAAUGGAUAACUAAUCUGGGCUGGCUUCUACAUUCGGGCUUGUGUUAUUUUCGGUUUUACGAUCGGCAUUUUGAAGCACGGUUGCAAUGAAUUCAAGGUGCCGAAUAUAUGAAUGAGAAGCAAAUGAACUGGAACGAUUACUUAUAACACUUCUCUCUUGCAGAUGCAAACUUUUGUAAUUAUAUAUAUCACAAAGGUUUAUAUAGUGGACGAGGGAAAUAUAGAUGCGAAUCACUAAUCA